AUGGCGAAGGUCGUCGUGGUCGCGCCAGGAGCCUUUCCCCGCUGCGGGCAUCCGUGGCAAAGUCCGAGACCCUGGCGGUGGAUGCAUGGGCACAGCGUCAUCUUCGCACACUCCGGCAGGGGCAGGAUGCAACAGUCUUCGAUGCACCCGCACCAAACCGGGGCAUCAUCGGACACCCAACGUUGUGCAGCCGCCCAUGCGUCUACUUUGCAAAGCAGGGGCAGUGCCCAAGUGGUGAUGCCUGUGGCUUUUGCCAUUGUCACCACUCCAGCGCCCCAAAGCCUGACAAGCACCAGCGGGAGUUGA